AUGGACAAGGGUUGCUCCAAAGUUAAGAAACUGUUUCGAUUCGAAAAUGACUGUCACAAGCGGAAUUUCAUAAUUACACUUUGUGUAUACUUUAACUUCAUAUUGCUGGGUUGGACGUAUGGCCAGCUUGGCACGGCGUUCGUGGACUUACAACAGAUUCUUUCCACGAGCGUGCAGCAGACGUCACUUAUCUUCACCAUGAACUCGUGCGGCUAUAUGCUGGGAACCCUACUUAUCGGAGCCCUCUACGACCGCGUACCAACACUCAAACUGCUCGGACUCCUGACCUUACUAAACGGGAUAACCAGCGCCGUGCUUACGUGGUGUUCCUCGUUUGGGUUGUUUCUCUUUGUUCGUCUCGUGGACGGGAUGCUGUGCGGAGGCAGAGACGGAGGAGGAAAUGCAAAGGUGUCGUCGUGCUGGGGAUUUGCUGUUCGUCCGUACAUGCAGGCCUUACAUUUUACGUACGCAUUCGGGGGAAUUAUCUCACCCAUUGUGACAAGUCAUUUUCUCGCGCCUAGAAUCACGUUGAGCAACCAGACAACUAACAUUUCGUAUGGAAAUUAUACAAACGCCAGUACGUUUUUACAGUUAACAAAACAACUCUUGAAUUACAACACCAUGGUCGAUGAAAGAGCUGAGAAUUCUUUAACAGCAAAUGUUACAGAGAAAUGGGACACAUUCAACAAUUCGAAUAGUACAUUAGACGAAAUAGUUGUAUAUGGAGAGAGUCACGUUCAUAUUGCGUUUGUGGUAACAGGAAUAUUGACGGCCUUGUCUGGAUGCCUGUACCUCGUGCUGUACGGAUUCGGGUUUGAAACUGUACCUUCCUAUCGACCAACGGUGGAAUCCCCACCGCAAAACGACACUAAAGAUCAAGGAGCACUUGGAUUUUUGAUUGAUCCACUCUAUAUUGGAUAUUUGAUGGAACAUUCCUCGCCGCUAUACCUGAUAUAUAUCAAUGUGAUUCAAUACUCUUAA